CUUCUUUGCUCUUUCGCGUUCACAAGCUCACUUUCGUUUCUCGUUCCCCUUCCCCUCCUUCCGUCUCUUCAACUCUCCGCUGGACCUCGACAGACGGGAAGAAAGCAAAGAUCGGAAUACCUCAGGGUCUCGCUUUCUGUCAUCGCAUUCAACCUUUCCCUUCCCUUCGUAUCUUGAACCCAGGAUUCUCUGCUUUGAUAGCUCACUCGUUCUUUUGCUUGAUCGAAUAUCUGGCUUUGCACACACUCUUUACUCAACUAAGUCUUGGCUUCGCGCUCUCUUUGCUCAACUAAGGGUCUUCACCGUGUGGGCUCUCUACAUCGCAGCCCAGUUGAAAGCAACAAUUGCCAACGUGGAUAUUGUGCUUAGAUACAAUCUUGACGCGUGGGCGUGCUUUCUCUCCAACGAUUCGUAAUCCCUUGAGGGAGCGAGAUGCGCAAGGUCAUAGGGUUGCUUAGAGCGCCACAUGCAGGUGUCUCCAAUGCUCACCUUGCGGCUAAGCGCGGUCGAGUGGGGCGCAGGACAGGGAAUCCGUCCAACAGAGGUGUGGGCAACGUUCAUGGUGGUCAGACAAGUUCCUUGCUUCUCCAACCUCCUUCAUCUUCCUCCCCAUCUUCGUCUCCCUCCUCAUCUGCGCCCCCCUCUUCAUCUGCGCCCCCUUCUUCCUCAUCUUCACCUCCUUCGUCUCCCAGCUCAACGCCUUCGCCUACUACGCUUCCGCCUACUUCGCUAGAGGGUCACGGCCAUGAUAAAAGCACUUCAAGCACCCAAGCAACGGUUAUUCUAGAUCCUUCAACCCCGGCCCCAACCCCCACUCCUCUUCCUUCGCCCUCCCCUUCAUCUGCCAAAGAAGGGGGAAAUCCCCUUAAAGGAGGAAACAAAACCGUCGUGACCACUGACCCCUCCCUCACUUCCACGUCUCCUACGUCUUCAUCCCCGACUUUAGAUCUCUCAAGCCCCAACCAGACACCGGGUCAUGGUAAAGGUCCAUCAGAUAAAGUCCCUGGUAAUUUCAAUUCCUCUCCAACACCUUCUCCGACACCUUCUCCGACCCCUCCUCCGACCUCUUCUCCAGCCUCUUCUCCAACCUCUUCUCCGCCUUCCAAAGGCAAAGGGAAGCUAGCUGGCGACAUUGGAAAAGUUGUCCAAGAUUCAACUAGUGACUUCAUUUCCACUCCUUCAUCCCAGGUUCUGUCAGACGCCACUUCGACAUCAGACAAAAACCCAGGCCAUUCAAAGGCCAGUCCAGAUCCUUCUCCAACCUCUUCUCCAGCUUCCAAGGGCAAGGGAAAGCUCGACAACAACGUAGGGACUUCGCUUGUCGGGGAUUUAACCAAUACUCCCAUCCCCACUUCUUUCGCCCCUCCCUCCGACUCAUCUGAAGCCCCGUCGAAAACAAAAGAUAAAGGAGGUCAUGGGACUGGUCCUCUGGAUACAACCUCUGUCAAUCUAGAUCUCUCUUCAACCUCUUCUCCGCCUUCCAAGGGCAAGGGAAAGCUAGGAAAAGUUGUGGAUGAUUCAACCAGUGCUCCCACUCCUAUUCUAACGUCUUUCACGCCUCCCCCCGCCUCAUCUGAUCCUCCGUCGGAAACGACAACUGAUGGAAAAGGCCAUGGGAAGGGUAAAGUCCUUGAUAAUCUUGGUUCUUCUUCGACCGCUUCUCUACCUUCCAAAGGCAAAGGAAAGCUAGGAACAGUAGUCGGUAAUCUGAGUAGCGACCCUGUUUCCACUCCCUCUGCCUCACCUCAAGAUCCGUCAACAACAAAGACUGAUAAAGGAAAAGGCCACGGGAAAGUCCUCGACAACCUCGGUCUUUCUUCAAUCCCUUCUCUGCCUUCCAAAGGCCAAGGAAAGCAGGGACACACCGCAACGAGUGAUCUUAUUCCCACUCCCUCUGUCCCACCUGAGGUCCCGUCAAGCACAGAAACCGAUAAAGGAAAAGGCCAUGGGAAGGGUAAGGUCGUCGACAGCGUCGAUUCUUCUUCAACGCUCUCUCUACCUUCCAAAGGCAAGGGAAACCUAGGAAAACUCCUCGAUAAUCUCACUAGUAUUCUCAUGCCCACUCCAUCGACUGACGCCCCGUUGGAAACGAAGACCGAUAACGGGAAAGGUCAUGGGAAGGAUAAGGUGCUCGACAGUCUUGGCCCUUCUCCGACCCCACCUUUCAAGGGCAAGGGGAAAGUCGACGAUAAUUUAACUAGUGCUCUCGUUUCCCUUCCCUCCGUAUCGACUGACGUCCCGUUGGCAACAAAGACCGAUAACGGAAAAGGUCAUGGGAAGGAUAAGGUGCUUGACAGUCUUGGCCCUUCUCCGACCCCACCUUUCAAGGGCAAGGGGAAAGUCGACGAUAAUUUAACUAGUGCUCUCGUUUCCCUUCCCUCCGUAUCGACUGACGUCCCGUUACCAACAAAGACCGAUAACGGGAAAGGCCAUGGAAAGGAUAAGGUGCUCGACAGUCCUGGCCCUUCUCCGACUCUACCUUCCAAGGGCAAGGGGAAAGUCGACGAUAAUUUAUCUAGUGCUCUCAUUCCUACACCCUCCGCAUCGACUGACGCCCCGCUGGAAACACAAACCGAUAACAGGAAAGGCCAUGGGAAGGAUAAGGUGCUCGAUAGUCUUAACCCUUCUCCAACUCCGCCGCCUUUCAAGGGCAAGGGGAAAGUCGACGGUAAUUUAACUAGUGCUCCUAUUCCCACCCCCUUGGUAUCAUCGGAGGCCCCGUCAGAAACAAAAACAAAAACGGAUGAAGGACAAGGUCAUGGAAAGGGAGUUGUAACCAAAGUCGUUGAUGACACAGGCAAAACGAUUAAGUCGGUCGUGAGUGAUAAGGUCGGAGGUGGGACCGAUAGUGGUUUGCAUGGAUCCGCUACUGCUACUUCGAACAGCCCCGCUUUGACGCCUCCUGUUCCUCAACCCACUAGUGCUCUUGGAGGAUCUACUUCAAGGAGAUCUAAACAUAGGCCGCCUCCUUCACCUCAAACGUCAAACCCUAGUGAUGGUGACACCUCCAAGUGGGGUGGAGGCAGUACCUCAAAUGGUGAUGACCAUCAUCAUGGAGGCAGCAGUACCACCAACGGCCUUGAAGGAUCGUCCAUUAGUGGUUCUACUCCGAAUCAUACUCCCCAUCUUGCCCGUCCCUCGCCUCCAGAUACUACCACUUGGGAUGUGAAACCUCAUCCUGCCACUACAACAUCCGCCUCCAGAGGUAGAGAGACCCCCAGUUCUUCGACUCCUACGACCACCAUGUCUAUCUCCUCGGGAGUAUCCUACACGGUUUCUGACGGGAUCACAGUCCCUCUUUCGAUCGUAACAGUAACGAGCGAUGGAUCUGUAAUUACAGUUCCUACCGCACUUUCGGAAUCGAUCUCGUGGAUCGUUUCUACCUCCGGCACGAAGGUCCUCACGAUUCCCACCAUGCUCCCUGGAAAUCCGUCGUCUGUCAGUGUGAUACCUCAAUUGGGCAGGCAAACGGAUACCACGUCGUAUACCGGAAGUAUGUACUAUUCCACUGAUAGUACAGGCGGGAUUUGGGGACCUUUCCCUACAGAUGGGGGUGGUACCACAGGUCCGGGCCGAGGAGGUACGGGCAGCAUGUCAACGUCGAAGAGGGGGCUUAAUCCUGCCAUUUGGUCUGUCAUUGCUAUUGCGCUGGUUUUCCUUUUGACAUUCCUUGGGUUGGUUCUGAGGAGGAAAAUGUAUGCCAGACAGCGUCAGGCCAGGAUUCGAGAGUGGAGUGCUGCUUCUGGGUGGACGGAGGGUGUUGAGAGGGGGAUUGAAGGUGGCCCGCAGGUUUAUGCCGCGGGUGCGGUGGUGGGAGGGAAAAAGAGGAGCAGAGGUAUUGAGGGUGGAAGACAUCUAAGCCAGGAUAGUUUCUCGACGCCCGAACAGAGUGUCAUCCGAGGAGUUUGGGCAAGAGACUCUAUACAGAGUUUGGCUCCACCUCCGUCUGUUCGUCUGUCCGACCCCCCUUUGUCAAAGAUCAGUUCCUCUAUCUUGAGCCGGGCCUCGUUUGACGCCGCUGGGCUUGGCAUGAGCGCUGGUGAGAGGAGGGCGUCUCAACUUGAACAGCGACGAGAGCAGUUAUCGACAGUAGAAGGCGCGAGAUCUGGUUCACCCGAGAUGAUCCAGAUUCCACCUCCUGCUUCUAGUUCGUUGACUCCUGGGAGGUGUCGUACUGCUGAUUUGACGCUCUCUCCUACUUCGCUGUUCCCCGCUACUGGGGGGCUUCUUCAUGGAGACCCUUUCGCUGACCGUCCACACGAUAGACGCAGCGAUGAUGGGAGCACCGUUUCCCCUAUGUCGUUUGAAUUUGGGGAUUUGACGGCGUUUCCCACCCCCCUGGGUUCAUCAGAAUUGGGAUCUGAUGGAUUGGCACCCAUCCCUCGAACCCAUGAAGGUGUAUCGGUUCACGAGGAUCCAUUCGCUGAUUAUCCCAAUGUAAUGCCUUCGCCUAUACCUUCUUCAGCUGAACGAUCCAUGUUUGGAAACGGUGUCAUGGCUAACCAUUCUUCCACUUCCCUGCCGACCAGUGUUCACCGAGCUAUUAUUGGACCUGGGAUGUCGAGUUCGAGAAACAGCCCUUCCAAUGCACAAGUUGUACGCCCCUGGAGCCCCACAGCUCCAGAGGAGAUAGCUGACACCGGCGGAGGGUGGGCCUUUGUGAAGAAGACGGAACCUGAAACCGGGUUAGUCAGGAGAGGGUUUGUCCCUGUGAAUUGUUUGAUGGAUGGACCCAGUCCCGGAAGCACCGCUGGGUCUUGUGGUCAUUCUGUAGUCUCCGGAGGUGGAAGUGCUUAUGCGGACGCGGACGUGCUGCCAGGCACAGCGCUGUGACCUCCUCCUCUCCUCCAAGUCGCGCAUCAGAAAUAUGCCAUACUUUCUAACGUUAUCUCGCUGCCAGCUGACAUCCACUCGUUUUUCGAAACUUGGUGGUGGGGGCGCCAUUUGUCCUUUUGUUAUAGAACGCACCCGUUCUCGCCUUUACCUUCCAUCAUCGCAGUGGCAUUCGAUCGUGUAUCUAUUUUAUCAGUCUGUUUUCCCCAAGGCUUUGAUUCCUUUAUUUAUUAUCGCCUCACCUUGACAGUUGCUUUCUUUGUCCAUUGAAUGGAUUCAGUUGCGGCCGCCACAGCUUUCUCGUUCGUGAGUGUCCGCACGCACACCCUCUCUUAUUUGCCGGUUCUUGUGUGGGUUUUGUUAUACUCCAAGCGACCCUGUCAGCUCAAGCCUGACUGAACUUAUUCUUCACGCUCCACCAUAAUCUCAACCUUACUCUUACAACGUCUUAUUCUUUACUCCGGAAUUUG